CGUCAGAGGCCACAAAACCACGUCGGCAACUACCUUCGCACAUAUGAAGAGAUGGUGGGGAGAUGGUGGGUAGAUGCAUUGUAACACUCGUCUAUGGGAUAAAUGCGCCAAGAUAUGAUACCCGUUAUGGCGUUGAUGAUGAAAGUGAGGGUUGUGGUGAGAUGGAUGUGAAAAUUAUUAUUAUAAUUGCCCACAACAAUUUUUUAAAUACUCAUGUUAGAAUGUAUAAAUUUUGGGCCUCCUCCUCCGCCGACCCUCCCACCUCCAACAUCACCGGCGGUUCACUCUACACCUCCGGGACCGGAACCUCCACCUCCAGCCGCACCUCCCUUUCCAGCCUCCGCCAGUCGCUCCCCGAGAACCCCCACAUCUACGACUACUCCGAGCUCUGCUCCGCCACCAUCAACUUCCUCGCCAGAACCUACACCUCCACCUCCUCCACCCGCUCCUGGCGCUGCACUCUCCGGGGCAAAGACGCUAUCAUUUUCCAGCGCAAGUUCCGCCGCAAGAUCCAGAUGCACCAGCUCAAGCAACGCCUUGCUGUUAUCUGCCGUAGCCACCACCUCAGCCUGGUGAAGCUCCUCGGCGCUUCCAUCUCCGGCGACCACAUUUUCCUCGUCUACGACUUCGUUGAUGGUGCAAACCUAGCGACCUGUUUGCGGAACCCUAGGAACCCCAACUUCUCGGUGCUCUCCGCGUGGAUGUCCAGAAUGAAAAUCGCCACGGAUUUGGCGCACGGCCUCGACUACAUUCACAACAGCACCGGCCUGAACAUGAGCUUAGUGCACAACCACAUUAAGAGCAGCAGCAUCCUGGUCACCGAGCCUUCCUUCAACGCCAAGAUUUGCCACUUCGGCAACGCUCAACUCUGCGGCGAGAUCGACGAAAACGGAGCUCCUGAAGAUUCUGCUACGGGCGGUUCGAGUCCGAGAUACAAGGGCGAAAUUCAAGAGGUAUCCGAAACGACGCCGUCGAAAUUGAGGCGGUCGGACAGUCGAAAAUUGCAAUUCGAAGGUGUGAAGGGGUACAUGUCCCCGGAAUUUCAAUCAACGGGCGUGGCAACGCAAAAGAGCGACGUCUACGCGUUUGGUGUCGUAAUCUUGGAGCUCCUGUCCGGAGAGGAGCCUUUCAAGUACAAAUACGAUAAGGCCAAGGGUGACCUCGUUCGGACCACGGUGAUCGAGGCAGCGAGAGCAGCAAUUGACGGCGACGGCGACGAUGGGGGGCUCAGAAGGUGGGUGGAUCGGAAGUUGAAGGACUCGUUUCCGGUGGAGGUGGCAGGGAAGCUGACACGCCUAGCGCUGGAUUGCGUACACGUGGAGCCUGAUAUGCGGCCCAACAUGGGACGCGUGGCGGGGAAGAUUUCUAAGCUUUAUUUGGAGUCCAGUACUUGGUCCGACAGUGUCACAAUGCCAACCGAUAUUUCGGUCUCUUUGGCACCCAGAUGACAAGAAGUCUAAAAUAUUGGUUUAUUGUUUUCCGUGAGAAAUUUGUUUUGUUUGAGUGGGACACAACAAGUGGAUGGGCAAUGUUUUAUUUAACAAAUUUAAACAAAGAUUCCGAUUGUGACGCAGCUAAUUAUAUU